CUCUUGCGAUGUAGUAUCCGUUUCCGUCUUCUUUUUGAGUUUAAUCAACAUGCCUCCCAAAAAGGACGCAAAAUCAUCUGCGAAGCAACCCCAAAAGACCCAAAAGAAGAAAGAGGGGUCUGGUGGAGGAAAAGCUAAGAAGAAGAAGUGGUCCAAAGGAAAAGUUCGUGAUAAGUUGAACAAUCAAGUACUUUUUGAUAAAGCCACAUAUGAUAAAUUGUACAAAGAAGUACCAUCAUACAAAUUGAUCACCCCUUCAGUUGUUUCCGAACGUUUGAAGGUCAGAGGAUCCCUUGCUAGGAGGGCACUAAUUGAACUUCAACAAAAAGGUCUCAUCAAGCAAGUUGUACAACAUAGGGCUCAACUUAUUUACACUAGGACAACAAAGGGAGAUGAUCCAGUCGCGUAGAUUGUAAGAUAAAAAAUAUCUUUUCAAAAAAUAAAUUGAAAAACUA